AUGGUCGAGCGUUCUUCCCCCACUUACAGCUGCAAACUUUGGAGGAUCAAACAAAGCUGCUGCUCCGGAAAAGACCUCGCGCUGAUCCCCUGGACCUGGGGACUCUAUACGUCUCUCAACCCAGGCUUUGCGACACCCUCCACCUUGGUCCACACGCGGAUAUCUCUCCAAGUGUUCAAACUAUGCAGCAACCGGAAGAAAGGCAGUGGCCAGGUGAAUCUCAGCAUCUCCAACCCCACCAAAAAACAUCGUUCCAUACAAGGCAACACGUUGCCUUCCAUUUCCCCGUUUACCAGCAGAGAUAAGGAUCAUGAUUUGGAGUCUCGCUAUGCCCGAAGCUCGCUGGCGCAACCAUAUUCAACCAACUUACUAUUCUCAAAAGAACUGUGCGACAAAGUGGAGCUGGAUGGUUGCAUGACGCCGCCAGCCAUUCGUGCGGUCUGUCGCGAGUCUCAAUGGACCUGUGGUCAAGUUGGCAGCCUGGUUCAUAACAUUUGCGGCAGUAGGCGCAGCGGGUGGUUUAAUCCUGCAAUCGAUGAAGUGUUUACCAAGAUUAAUCGGCGUGAGAGCCUGCCACUGCUGAUAUUUGCUUGGCGAUGGGAAGAAUAA